AUGGGGAUCUCUGUGAGAAAACAUGGCAGUGGGACAGAUCAACAUGGCGUCCUGGCCAAUAGAGCAGCCGAGGUCACAGGGUCCACUGAAGGGAUUGGCUUUGCCAUUGCCCGGCAACUGGCCCACGACGGUGCCCACGUGGUCAUCAGCAGCCAGAAGCAGCAGAAUGUGGACCGGGCGGUGGCCACCCUGCAGGGGGAGGGACUGAGUGUGACCAGCACCACGUGCCACGUGGGGAAGGCUGAGGACUGAGAGCAGCUGGUGGCCACGGCCCUGGAGCACUGUGGGGGCAUUGACUUCCUGGGGUGCAAUGUGGCUGUCAACCCUCUGGUGGAGAGCACCCUGGGAACCAGUGAGCAAGUGUGGGACAAGAUCCUGGGUGUGAAUGUGAAGGCCUUGGCCCUACUGCUGAGCCAGCUGCUGCCCCACAUGGAGAAGAGGGGGAGCAGUGUUGUCAUUCUGGUCUCUUCCGUUUCGGCUUAUAUGCCACAAGUGGAGCUGGGUGCCUACAAGGUCAGUAAGACAGCCCUGCUGGGUCUCACCAGGAUGCUGGCACUGGAGCUGGCCUUAAAGGACAUCCGUGUGAACUGUCUGGUGCUAGGAAUGAUCAAGACUGACUUCAGCAAAAUACUACACAAGGAUAAGGCUUUCUGGAAACACUUUAAGGAAAACCACCGGGUGCAGAGGCAACCUGAGGACUGUGCAGCAUUCCUGUGCUCCCCAAACACCAGCUACAUCACUGGGAAGAGCAUCAUGGUGGCUGGCUUCUCCCCCUGGCUCUGA